GAUUUCUGACUUUCGUCGUUGUGCGGAGUGAAAACUGCGGCGCUGUUUGUUAAUCAGGAAAAUAUUUGAUUAAUCUCGUAACGAUUGAACUGAUACUGCAUUAAGUUUGAAAAAGUGAACGUGUUUAUUUCAUUGGUGCUGUUAUUUCUGGUGUUGAUGUCUGGAAUUAAAGGUAGUUUCUUCCGGAAAAUAUUGCUUCGAUUUUUCUUUCCUGGUUGUGUCAUUAUUAGUAUCUGAUGUGUGAAGAUUGGGCUGAUGUAUGAGUGCGUAGCACUACUGUGAGAAAUAUAUCAAAAUACAGCUCGAAAGAGUUGGCAAGAGAAAAGUGAAAUCAUCAGGCCACGAAGAGGAUUUUCCUUUUGCUGUGUACGGACUGGUUGCUUCUAUCGAAUGAUACGAGAGACCAGACUGUCAUCAAAACCGGUAGUCGUUUUGUAUUCACUUGACCGGAUUGUGUAAGAAUCAAACAAAAGAAUAUCUGCAUCACAAUGAUGGUUGCAGCAUCAGAUAAAAUAUAGAUACCGCAUUCGAUUUGCGAUUGAUUGAUUUGUACGUUUUCCCGAUGUCGCGCAGUGAAAAUCUGGUUGUGCAUUGUUAAGUGUAUUUUCAUCAAACCAAUCCGAUGAUAAGAUGCUGAUGGAAAGGUGCUCUCAGACGAUCGUAUCUUUUGGAGCCUGAGUGGCAGUUGAUGUUUGCUACAGCAUUCAAAAUGUCGUCGACACACCCUUACCACCGUUAGGUGAAGCGGCUAGCUUCUAAUGGAGAAUCAACCAUACGUUCGCUCUUCAUCCUUGUUGCACGUGGAGGAUGAAGAAGAAUACCGAGAGGAGGAAAUACUACACCAAGAUGCAGUGAUGCUAAGAGACGAGAGCCAGCCAACCUUUCCUGGCUCAUCGCUAGCUACAUCUAAUAGGAUCUCAACGGACUCAACAUCUACGUACGAAAUAGUUGACAGUCAAUCGCCAGAGUCUAAUGACGAAAUGUGGAGCAACGUAGUGAAGAUCACACGAGCUACCAAUGCCACUGUAGCUGCGAUGGUUGGCAUUGCUUCGGGUCAAGGUUUGGAUGAAGAUCGAGACCAAGAUGAGGAGGAGUAUGAAAUUCAGGAAACCGAAGAAGACAUGUUGCAGCAGAGACGAAAGUUUGAACUAGCAAGAUCUUCAACCAAGGAGGAAAAACAGCGCCAAAACGAAGAAAUUUUAAUCAUGAAAUCAAACUCCGUUUCAUCGGAAAACAAUUCUUGGGAAACAUUCUCUCCGUCGAAGCCAGUCACAGAAUCUUUCGAAGCUGCAACAGAUCCAGCUGAAAUCCCUUCAUUGGUGCAAAGUAAGCCGGGAACAUCGAAAGCAUGCUUCAUAGAUGCUUCAUCGUUAUAUGACGAAGACGAAGUUCCUUAUCCUUCAUUCAUGGAUUCAAGUUUGCAGCGACAGCAACAGGAGAAAGCAUCAAUUUCCUUAUCGGCUAUCCUAAGUGAUGAUGAAAAACUGAAGAGCACCAACAGUCAAGCUCAGAUUGAAGUCAAAGAUCAGUACUCUUCACUACCGGAUAACGAAUUUCUUACCAAUAAAUUGCACAUCAAAGAACGCGAAGGCACAGAGUGUACUGAGGAAGCAAUUGCCAGGCAAGAAUCGGAAAGGAAACAGGGAUCGUUUCUGUUCCAGAAUUCAAUUCAGCAGUAUUCUGGUCAUCUAUUAGAACCUAAUUUACAAUUUCCUGAUGAAAACUAUAGUGACAUGUCGUUACCGAGUGUAUACUCCUCUGGCAGCGAGCCAAACUACGAGUACAGUUCACUCGCUCUGGACAAUACCUCUAGAUUUAUGACCACUGGUGGCAUCAACACCAGUGGUUAUAAUUCCGGUUCUGCAGAUUAUUCUUCAAGGGUGGCUCAUUCUACGGAUCAAGAGAGCUCACACUAUCCGGAUACGCCAUUCAAUUCGAUAGUUCACGUUAAUUCCGCAGUCAGUAUCCCUAGAGCACAUCGUCUAUCGGAGGACAGUAGAGAAAGUUCAUUUGAUCGAGAGUCUCAUUCAACGCCAAUCAAAAUUCCUAAACGAAUGCAAAAACAUGAUGAAUCUGCUCCGAUACUUUCCGGUGGAGCUUCUAUCGAGGACUUCACACCGAAAUUAUGCGAAAGUCCUGCGAUUAGACGGCGAACUGACACUUGUCCAAUCCUAUCUGGUGGAAUGAGCUUUGAAGAAGACUAUAAGCCUGAGGAGCGAAGCAGAAAGCUGAGUAGUUCUGCCAAAUCUUGGGUGGUGGAUUUGAAAAACUGUCCCGAUGACGAAAAAUCAGCGGCUAUGUCAUCUAUCGAGCACAAUCGUAGUGGUUUGGGUUUCUUUGUUGAUCUGGGAAGCAUCAAAACGCCAGAAGAAGAUAAAUCAAUUGUGGUUAACAAUAAGCCACAGAAUAGAGCGCAUCAUGAUUUGAUGAAAAAAUCUACGGGUUUUUACAUAGACAUGUCCGACGGUGAUAGUUCGAGGAGCAAUACUCCGAAAUUGACCAAGCCCGGGACACCUCCGGUGAAAAACAGCUCAAGUUGUAAUAGCUCGCGAGCUGAAUCCGUCGAAAAGGAUCCAAAGAAGAACAUGUUCUCUAUGUUCAUUGACAUCGGCAGUGAUUCGACACUUAAGCCGUCGCCAGCUCCUCGUAGGCUAUCUGCUGCUUCAGCUGUUGUUUCUACGAAAGAAGAGCCCACUAGUAUGUCAGUACCGAGCAGACCAGCUAAUUUAGGAUCCGAAGACAAGAAAAACUGCUACAUGUUUAUUGAAUCAGACUCGUCGCCAAUUGUACGCAGAAGCAAUCCUCCAUCUGUAGUAAAAAAUGAAUCCAAACGGCAUUCCUGGAAUCCCACCAGCACGGAAGGAACAUUCCAUGAACGACGGAUAAUGAACCGAGAAUACCAACGAUCAACUAGUGUCACCAGCGAUAAAGGUAUAAUGAACAUCUUGGACAAAAUCCCGUUUUUAUCCAAGACUUCCAGUAUGUCGAUUGACUCGUCCGUGUCACCAUUUGAAGAUUUUACCUGCUCCAAGUCGGAGUUGAGUACCUAUUCGAAUCAUUCCAUUUCAUCGAAUUCGGCUCACUCAAGUAACGAGUCCAAAGUUUCGCCCAAAGAUGCAACUGGAUUCAUCCCCACGGAAAUGACGGCGUCAGCUAAAAAGAAACGGAAGGAUGUAAAAAUCAACGAAACCUUCGACAAAAGUAGUCAAGGUUCGGUUACCGAUGGAAUCCUAUCAUCCAACGAGGACGCUUCUCAGGCGUCCACAACCACCGAUACGGACGAUGUAACAUUCCAGAACAAUCCUGCAGAUGAACCAAACUGUAUUCUUCCAACGGACCCAGAAAGUCCCAAACAAGUUCAGGAAAUUAUGUUACACACCACGGUUGGUAAACAAAUGGAAACCAUUGUCGAAGCAGUUGAGAGUUCCCCAAAACACAUUCCUAGCGGAUCGAGCAGCCGAAAGGCACAACACACAAUGGAGACGCUUCAUGCAACGAUCGAAAAGCAAAAACAGCUUCUAGAAACUGUCUCGGAAAAUGUUGAAUCUCAGAGCUCUUCGUUUGUGAAAUUGUCCGACAUGGACAAACCUCCGGUGGCCCCGGCAAAGUUCGAGUUGCACUCCAGCAGUGGAAAUGGGUCUGCCAGUGCUGGGUACAUGUCUAACUCUGCUGGUUCGAACCGAGUGGCGCGGCUGUUUGGUGAUACCCAAAAGUUUAACACUAUCGGACCAUCUCAUCAAUCCCAGCAACAGCAGCAGCAGCAGCAUAAUUACUACGUAAAUGGCACUGUUUCGAUGGAACGUCAUUCGUGGAAUAUGUCACGAUCCACGGGAAACAACUUUAUGAACUUGGUUUCUUCAGUGGAGAAUUCAAGAAGUCUUAGUCGGUUGUUUCCCCAUCUUUCAAAAGCUUUCAGCAACAGCUUACCAUCUGAUGUUGGCAUGAACUCCGCCAAUCGAGGUUCCGACAUAAGCGAGUUAAUUACAUCAGAUUUUUCGUGUACCUCUAGUAUUACGUCUAGUCGUUCUGGAUUUGAAUCUAUCGAUGAGUCCAUCUCUAGUCGACAACCGCGCCGGUUGGGGGAAGACCUGCUCAAAAUGUUCCUUCAGGAGAUCGCCACAGAUGUGACGAUCGAAGCCGAAUCGAAGAAAAUGCGAGCCCACAAGUGUAUCCUGCGUUCGCGUUGUCAGUACUUUGCUGCUAUUUUGGCCGGUGGGUGGGUACAGAAUGCUGGGAACGUUAUAAGCCUACCAGGAUAUUCGUAUGCAGCUGUGCACUUUUCUUUGUGUCACAUUUAUUCCGGCGCCUCGCAUCCACCGGAGGGUAUUAGCUUGAUGGAACUCGCAGCUCUGUCCGAUCUUCUUGGACUCGAAGGACUCAAGGAGGUUACGGCUUACGCGUUGAAAACCAACUAUUGUCACAAUUUCCACAAGCCUUGCUCUGGUUGCACAGAUGGCGUAUUGCAGGUCUUACCGGUGACGUUGAAUCAUGGCCUGGAUGACCUGUACCGCAAAUGUUUGAAAUGGGUUUGCAGGCACUACGUCAAAAUCUGGUCCAAUAAGCAAUUUUCUCAGCUCCCUGUGGAUGUCGUCAAUCGCUGUAGGCAACAGAUUGUUGCCCAUCUGACGUCCGAAACAGUGCUGAGUACCAUUUUGGAUAGCGAACAGCUUCUAACCGUUCUUCAGCCGUACAAAUGGUCGGUAGAUGUGGAGAAUGUGGUUCGGGAUAUCUUGGAUGCUGCUUACGAUUAUAUACAAGAUCAUUUUGCAUCUCUUCUUGCUAGCGAUAGUUUUCUCUCGCUUGGUCAUAAUUAUAGCUGGGCCAUCUCCCAUGUAGAACCUAUACUACUUCGAGCAGCGACGAGUUUAAGUCCCGAUCAAGCCUGCAAGAGUUAUCCACGUACCACAAGGUUGCACAAACUACUGCAAGCUAAAGUGCUCACAAUGACAACAACGCCGUCUUCGAGUGACAAUGUGAACAUUUUGAAUAUCUACGAAAAGAAAAAGGUUGAUCUUGAUUAUAAUCGCGAAGAAGAAGAGAUGGAUUGGUGUGACGAGUUUGUUGGGAUGGUGAAUGCGAUCCUUUCGGCAGUUGAACAGUGUUUAAUCAGACAGUGCGCCAGGGCAAUGCGAGUCAAUUCAUGGCAACGAAUGGACGUCGAAUUGAGGAAUAAAAUACAGAAGCUAGCGUGUCUGAUGGAACCAACUGAGGAUCGAAAGUCCCGGUCGAGGUACUCGUAUUCCUCUCAGACAAGCUCGUCCUCGUCAAUUCAUUCCAGAACAAACGACUUGCGUCAAGUUCGAUUGGCCAUCCAGGCUCACACAAAGCGAUCCUAUGAAAAUCAAAAUCUUAACGUUAAUAAUAAAACCAACACCCAACACACACAAACAGUCGUUCUUCACAACGAUCUGAACAACGUUUUGAAUAGUCACAAAUCAACAAAAACACACGAAAUCAUUGAACGAAACAACUUUCGGUCCGAACAACAAAUCACGGAAAAUGGUAAGCUAUCUAAAACUGCUUCCAAGAGCCAUGUCCCAGAACCUAAGGCAAACAAAGCGGCUAUUAAGGUUGGACUUCUCAGUAAGAAUAAUCUGUCGAGCCAUAAGCGCUCUCAGUCGGAGGACAUGGGAUCUAAGGUGGCAAAGACAGAGCCACUGAACAAUUUGAAAACUAAGCUGAGCAACGUUAAACCCCGUUAUUUGGAACCGAAGAAGCCAAAAAAUACUAGCAAUUUGCAGGUGCAGAAUAUUUCCUCCAGUGGCAGUUCAACGCGCACCUCUAGUCCGGCUACGGGACGCAAAAAAGGACCCCUAGGUAACAUCACAAAACACGGACACGAUUCUAACAUUUCGCUGGAUAGUUUGUCUUCUCCUGCAAAGAAUGCCAAAAAUUUUAAGGCACGUCCAACCAUCAACGAGAUGGAUGUUUCGAUAGAUUCGUUGGCCGAAUCGUUAAAAUCUAACUCCCUGAAAACGAACAGUACACUUUCACACGAAUCUCUGAUCUACCAAGAGUACUUCAAAACCAAGGAUACAAAUCUAGAAAAACCUCAGCAAACAUACUCAAAGUCUAAUCCGGUCAUAUUCAAAGAUCGAGCAAACGGACCAAAGUCUAUCGACUCUCUAGCUGCCAACAAAGGCUCAGUCCAGGCCAAAAGCAAUCUCAAAUCAGGUGGUCCGAGCAGUUCAAGGUUGGGACCGAACAAAGCGAAUACUUCCUCGGCUUUAGGAAUCAAUCGCACCGCAUCCACCGCAAGCGUAGGGUCCAAUUCAUCCUCUUCGUUUGUAAAGAAAAGCUUCCUUUCACAACGAUCACGAGAAAUUCUCGCACGUCGAUCGAAUGAAACAAAGUCCAACUCCACCAAUUCCAGCAACAAAUCUGCUGCUUCGUCACCUAGCCUAAUGUCCAGGGACAAAUCAACAGCUAGUGACAUCACCAAGUCCGGAUCCUCUGCUUCACUAACAACCCACAGCUCUGGAACGCGUAGAGUGUUCAACACAACGCUUCAUCUUCGAAGAACAGCCAAAUUACAAUCAGAUGCUAUUCCGACUGCCAAGCAAGCGAAUGAAGCACGAGCCGUCAAGAAUAGCCACAUUCCGAUAGCGGGCAUUCAAUCUCGAAAGUCAUCUUCCGCGGUCAAUCGGUCAAACAGUAACAGCAGUAACAGUGGCAGGGCACUGAAGAAUGUUCAUGCGGUAAUGAUACCGGCAGCGGCACCAGCACCGGCAGUCGUUAGUAACAAUCUGCACGGAGACGCCUAUACGUCUUCGUCGUCUGACACAAGUAAUAGCAGUGCGGGUGUUGCAGACGGUAAGCCACUGAGAGUGGAAUCAAAACUUGAACGAUCAAAUACAUUCUGUAUGGAGGCCUCUGAUAAUCCCGUGGUACUACAGAUAGUGGAAUAAAAUGCAAGAACAAAGUAAACAUGAUUACCCGGCAACGUGUGAUAAGCAGAUUGUGAAAUUUGAGCUGCAAAAUCGAGAAUUACUAAAUACUAAAGUAAGUACGGUGUAUUGGCCUAUUGGUUGAGAUUUAAAACACAGCUGGAUAAGUAAAUCGUGCAUAAAUAAAAUCUUAAGCAAAUUGAGGUAAGUAUAAUUCUAUGGUCAAUCAAAAAUGCAUAGUGAAUUAGAGGAACCUUUUUGUGUUGGACAACUAAGCCCGAGAAACGACUGUAGAGUAAGGUGGGGCAAACGUUCGCUUUGAGGUUUUUGAAUCCCGUGGAAAAUAUAACUCAAUGUUUUGACACUUGUUUGGAGGUCUUUUCAUCAGUCAUCGGGAAGCUAGAAAUGCCUACAGUGCACUGCAGUGGGACAAAAGUUCGAGUUGGCGUGGUACUCUGACCAAAGCUUCAGAAAAAUUGCGACCCUAUUGUACUUAUUGAGGUAAACCACUCUAUUCAAGUGGAUUUAGUCGUUCACCAAGUUCUGACAAUCAUCCAUAUUCUUGUUUUCGUACGAAUCGCAUUUUCCAUACAUAAAAAACUUUUUUUUUUGUAUGGAAAACACGGUUUGAACGAAAACAAGAAUAUGGGUGAAUAUCUGGGUCUAAACAUGGGAUUUCUUUAUGUCAUUCAUACCAUCAUGGGACAUUUAAAGAUAUGUAGUUUGUGGUAAAACUUUUCAAAAUCUGCCAUUCAGUUUGCGAACUUUUGCCCCAGUCGAGCAGUGAACCCGGUAGUGUGGCCAAAACCUCUAGCGCCGUGGGUAUGCAUUCUACAGAUCUCCGUUAAAAAACAUAUUCGAGUGCCAUCUAUACGGCAGGAAUACGAACUAAUCAGAAACCACCAAAAGCUGGCUCUUUGUAAACUAAAUAAAAAAAGGCGGCAAAUCUGAAGGAUGCGUACCCACGACGCUAGUGGUUAUGGUCACACUACCGGUAGCGUUGCCCCACUGUGCACCGGUUGACAAAAGUUCGUUUUGAACACUCUUCCGAAAAAAAAUCGUUCUAACUACUAAUGAACUGAAAAUUCAUCAAAGCUAUUAAGGAGAGACUUUUGAAUUUUUCAGCUAAGGUCGAACUUUCGUCCCACCUUACUCUAAUGGUCAGACAAUGCUGAUAUGAGCUUCAUCACAACCUAUCUAGUCAUUUAUUUAUGUCAGAGUAUUUUUGUUCUUCUUUAAGAAAAAAAUCGGCUGAAAUAACUUUUGUUUUGACAAGAAACGCCGAUCCGACUGUGAUUGAGGUAUUUGAGCAGUAUUUUGAGAGGCAUUUAUACAAUGCAUAAGCAUGAGGAAUUAUUGACGAUUCAUAGUGGGCCAGCUUGGAGAUUGAAAAGUAAAAUGGAAGUUAGUUCACCUUUGAAUAAUACACAAAUAAUAGCCUCUAAACGAUAACUGCUUCUACUAGAACAGGUGCUGCAAAAACUCGCUGCUAAAGCUUCUCAAAUCGUACUUAAAAUCGGUGAAAAAUAUUGAACAAGAGAACUAUUCUCACCUACUUCUAGCUUUUACUUUGGAUAUUCGUAUACUUAAUGUAGUUGAUUAGCUAUUAUACAGAAACUGCUUUAUAAUCGAGAUAAAAAGAACAAAACUAAUCGCUUGUAAAGGAAACCACCACCUAAAGAGUUUGCACUUUUGCUACUUGUAAUGUUUGCAUAUGAAUAAAACACUUUCGAGAUGUGUUGAGUAUGGUAAAUUUUAUUUCUGUGUUGGAUGUAUGUUACCGUAUUGGUUGGUGUGGAAAUUUAUUCAUCUAUUGAGAUAACUAACUUGGACUGAACAUGAAGUGCAUUGAUAAGCUGAAUCGAAUAUUUGACUUGUUUCAACUUACAGUUUCGAUAGUUUAUUAUGUCCUGCUCCCAAGAAAAGCGUUAUUUUUUCCAUCGGUAAAUUUGAUCGAACUUAGCAGUAUUCAGAAACUACAGCGAAUUCGUACUCAUUCAGUUAACAUCGGCAAACGAUAAAAAAGCACUCACGUGUUCUUAAUGUAGGUUUUCUUUUGUGUUAUAUACCUAGUUAUAGUGUUUGGUUUCUCUCCUUCUUAUCAAAAAGUGUGAUUUAAUUACGCGACGUUUAUGUUUGAUUUAUGUUUACCACACUUCGCAAUUCUCUCAGAGAUUUUUUUCACCGAACGCUUAUGAUUUAGGAUUAUUAUAUUGUACGAACAGCACAUUCCCUCCAAAUAUACACUCUUUCUCAUUCUGCUGUAGUUUUUCGUCUGAAAAAUUAUUUAUAUCGUUUUUUUUUAACAUAAAUCGUUACAACUAAGCAAAACUGCAAAGAUGAACCAAUAUUGUGAAAUCUAUCAUUUUACUUUCGUGCUCUAUUAAUUAAACAAUUCCCAUCUAAACAGGGCAACUAUACAACAUCAGACAUAUUAUAACGGCAGCACUAGUUAUAAAAUUAACCGUUAAUAAGAAGAAUAAAACAGCUGUUUAAUUUGUUCGUAAAUAGAACACUAGUCAUUUGUACAAAUAGAACAAAGCAUGAAAAGCUACUUAUACAGCAAUUGUGGAAUUCAUAUAUGUAGCAUUGAAACGUCCACAGAAAUGAGUUGAAUUUAAAUUGAUCGUUUAUCAUUUCAAAGCGUUCUACAUGUUUUUUUUUACGAGUUCUAUUGUAAUAAUCAUUGUCCGAUAAUCGUUUAGCGUUCUAGGAAAUGCAAUAAUGUGAUUUACGUCCUUAAGAACACAUUUUCUGUUCGUUUAUUUUGUGAUACGUUUGAAUUUGCUUCUCAUUCUAGUUAGACCGUCGAAUCUCUAUUUAUCUAUUUCGAUUAUAAGUUUUGGGAUAACUUGAAAUUGCAGUUUGACAAUGUAGUAUGUCGAAUUUGUAACCUGGAGCACAUCCAGAGCAGAAAUGGUCUAAUAAAUAAGAAUUUAUGAUAAUUAA